UCUCUCUUUAUCCCUCUCAACUCUCAAUCAAACAAGCUACUACUUGUUCUUUUUCUCUGUUGAUCAAACUCUUCCAUUUUCGGGAAUGGAUGCUAAUGGGAGAAGUUGUAGCUCCGAAACUCAAAGUGAAGAAGAGAUAGACCUGAGGAGGGGUCCAUGGACAGUUGAAGAGGAUCUCAUACUCAUUAAUUACAUUGCUAACCAUGGCGAAGGUCGCUGGAACUCCCUCGCUCGAUGCGCAGGUCUCAAGAGAACCGGAAAAAGCUGCAGACUAAGGUGGUUGAACUACUUACGCCCCGACGUUCGACGUGGAAAUAUCACCCUCGAGGAACAACUUUUAAUUCUCGAACUCCAUUCUCGUUGGGGGAAUCGGUGGUCGAAAAUUGCUCAACACUUGCCAGGAAGAACAGAUAACGAGAUUAAAAACUACUGGAGAACAAGAGUUCAGAAGCACGCGAAGCAACUCCAAUGCGACGUGAACAGCAAACAAUUCAAAGACACCAUGCGCUAUCUUUGGAUGCCCAGGUUGGUCGAGAGAAUCCGGGCAGCUGCGGCAGCUUCUUCAGGCGCCAAUACGACGACCACCUCCCCCACCACCACCCAUCACCAAAUUUACAAUAACAAUUCAGACGUCAUCACGGGUCAGGUCCUGUCGUCUGCAGGCAGCAACAACGAGUACGGGGUUUCGCAGAUUAACGCCAGUUUCACCCCAGAGAAUUCUAGCACCGCCGGUUCAUCAGAAUUAUCCGUAGGAACCCAAGUAUCCCCGGUCUCAGACCUGACCGAUUACUACAAUUUUCAGCCCAAUAAUUACGCCGAUAAUUUCCACGCCUCCCAGGUUAAUUACCAAGAAUCCCUAACUAGCCCCACUGGUUACUUUAACCAAGGGUUAGAUUUCGAAGCAAUUGAGCAGAACAACAUGUGGUUGGGCGAUGGUGACGUAUCGGACAAUUUGUGGAACGUUGAGGACAUUUGGCUUUUACAACAAUAGCUCCUCUAUGCUGUUCAGAAAUUUCAAUUGUCGGAGGAAACCUUGUAGAGAAAAGGAAGGGGGGGCGGGGGGUACGAAGACAAGACAAACAUAGAGAGAAGAAAUGAAUGAAAUGAUUAGGAUACGACGGGGAUUUGGGAAGAAGACAAACCCAAUUGUGAAUUCUAAUAAUUCUAUUUUUCUUCUUUCUUUCUUUAUUUCCUUUUUUUCGUGUGAAGAUCGAUGUAUUUUGAGGUUUUUAAAUCUCAUUCUUUUUUCAAUUAACUUUUGUACUGAUUGCAUUUUAGAAGGCAUGUCCAAAUUUAAUAAUAUUUUCAAAGU